UUUCAAACCAAAAACGACCGCCAUAAGUGCAGGAGGCCUUGCAAAAGCACACCUUCGUAAUCGUGAAAGCAACACACGUCCAAAGGAAAAUUCGCGUUUUCGCUCAAGUGCGCAGCGUUUGUGGAUUCGUGAUCGUACAGGAAUAUUCCUCCGGAAUCGCGGGUGAAGGAAGAGUGGCAUUCGGUUCGUUUACGAUACGGAGUGAAGUGUUAAAUCGCAGUUUUUUCGGACACCGAUUCAGUGGGGGCCCGGUGUCGACAUCAUUGUGAAAAUGUUCUCCACCAAGAAGGAUAUUGAUCGACACGUAAAAACAUCGCUUGCAAAACUGCCGGAGCAUGAGAAAUUUCUCCGCGGAUUGGCAAUAGCACGGCAGUAUUUCAAGCUUGGUGAGUACGCAAGUGCCGAGCAUUGGCUUUCCUGUUUCCUCACGGUUCAGGAAGACAGCGCUCCCGGCCACAAACUGCUUGGCCAAUGUUACGAAAAGCAGAAGAAGAUCGACAGAGCCAUCACCGCGUAUCAACGGUCGCUUCAACUUGAUUCCAAACAAACCGGAUUGAUAACUGAAGUUUGCAAACUGUUGCUGUCGGAUGACAAUUUAAGUAAAAAUAUGUCGAAAGCCAAACACUGGUGCGAUCUAGCGGAAAAUGAACGCAUCAACCAUGAAGCCGUACUGAAUCUGAAGCUUAAGGUGGCGAAUAAGGAUGUCGCUACAGACAAUAAACUGGUCAAGGAGAUCAUCCUUAAAGAGAUCGUAGCACGUCCGUUGGAUCCGGGUCUGAGAAUACGCCUGGUCAAGCACUUUGUCGACGAAAAAAAGUUGGACGACGCAUUCAAGUAUUGCUUUGAUAUUGAAAUGAAGUUUACCGAAACGUUUCAGCAGUCGAUCGAAUGGGCAAACGCUAUUUCAUCUAUGCUGACCAAGUACGUAGAGAUGAACGGAAACACUUACCAAUCCAACUGGAGCUAUUGGCUUCUGUCUACUCUGACUCUUGAUCGACAAAUUUAUCUCAAUCUGCUGGCUGAUUCGUCACUUCAGGCCAUCAAACAGAGUAACCUAAAAGAAAUAGCCACACUCAUAUUUGAACUAGACCAAAACCUACGCAAAUUCUCCGAUAAAGGGCGCAAUGCGUGCCCUCAGAAACAACUCGCCGAAGAAUUUCUCCGGCACUACCGUGGCCAGCUGUUGUUGUAUUCGGCCUCCCUUCUCUUCAAGCACGAAAAACAGGCCUGCGGAAAAUCACGUGACGUUACGACCAAAUGCUUACCUCUGCUAUUCUUGGCGUACCAAUGUGGUGUUCCGGAUUCGGAUGAGCCAUGGCUGAAACACACCAAUGACAUCACCCGGCAAUUGAUGGGGUACUGGAACAAGCAGGCCGCCUUCCGGUGCUGUCAGGCAGGCGGAACUAUUCUAUCGUGCGUUGAUGAAAGUGUCGAUGCCUCGGUGAUUGCCCAAAUCCAAAGCGUAACGGAGAGCAAAAUUUGGAACACAGCGGAGGAUCUGGUUAACCAGGUUCGCCAAUUCUGUUCCGACGUUAGCUGGAAAAAGAACGUGUUUCGCACUCUGUACAGCAACAACGGCGAUCAGGUGUCAAAAAUGUCGUCUUCCUACUUCAUGCAGAGUGGAUCCAUCGGGGAGCCACAGUAUGUGCUUCCCAAGCGGGAGCACAUGCAAAUGUAUUUGGAGAUUGCCCAGUACCUCUUCCCGUCGUCUUUGGCUUACCAGGUCUAUUUGGGCCUUGUUGGAGUAGAAGAUCUUUCCGAGUUGAAGUGUAAAUCGUUCCAUGGGCUAAACUUCUCCACGAAUAACUUGGACAACUGCAGUGUGGAGACGCUAAACCAGCUGGAUGUGGAUUCUUUCCUCUAUUGCUCGAUUUUGGUCGCCAAAAGUUGUCUGGAAGGCGAGAAGAAGUACCAGGACAAAAUUGACACAGGAAAACCAUUGGUUCUGCCGGCUCCUAAUAUGAUGCCAACGCUUUGCGAGGAAAACAAAGUCGACUGGUGGAACGCCGCUUGUGCGGUUUAUAGGAAUACCAAAAUGGAAAACUUGUCGUCCAAUAAACAACUGCUUCAGCACGGCAUUCAAGCUGUUCGAGGAACGGGAACACCGAUUACGGAUGUGAUUGUACUGUUGAAGUUGGGCAAGAUUCUGGCAAAGCGAGUGAAUUCUACAAUGUUACCGGAGGAACGUCGCCAGCUGGAACUUAGAACCGAGUGCGUCUACAAGGCUGGAGUGCUAUUAUGGAAAAUGCGCAACGAAGCAUCGUUCAGCAGCACAAACAUCUUCUUCAAGUACGGUAUUGAUUCGUUCGAUUGCAGCCAAGAAGCGGUAAAACUCGCUGAAGAUGCUCUUACAUAUCUGGCUGGGGUUUACUUCAAACAUGGUCGUUUUGAGGAAUUCACGCAUGAUUUUGGAGGGAUUCCGUUGCCUUUUGCUGCAUAUUUCCGCGCAGAAGCGUUCAAAAAGCUCGACGAAUCGAGUAAAACGCCGCUAAAGACGAAGAAAUUCUACAGUGAGAGAGCGCGGGAUUGCAUGAAGCAAACGCAGAAAUAUCUGGAGCUUCCCUACAUCGAGAAAAGCCAUCCGUUACACUUUGUGGUUCAUAGCGAGAUUAAGCGUUUGCAGUUCAAUGAAUCUCUGGAUGGAAGCUUGAACACUUCUAUGAACGGUUUUGGAGCUGCGGGUGGCGCUGAUGAUAGUGAUCACUUCCAAUCGUUCAGUUCGUCGACCAAUACCGGAUUGAACCGAUCGGAGCGUGAGGCAGCGGUGUCUAAUUUUGCCGCCAAGACUAAUGAUUUGGAAAAUCUGAUUCGGAAGAUGAUGGAAACCCUGAACAUCGUGAAAGAGGAUGUAUUGAAUAUCAGGAAUGACGUGGGUGACAUGCAAGAGCGACUUGUUAAAAUAGAGGAAAAUAUUUAUAAAAAGCCAUCUGAAGAUGAAGCAACCCGAGCUGCUUCUGUGUUGAAUGAUCUGUACAUUUUGGACGAACUGCAAAAUCCAUCCUAUUCGAAUCAAGCAGCUUAUAAUCAACCUUCGAUGCAGCAACUUACGCCAAAUCUGGCCCAAACGCACAAUCGUCUGCCUCCGACUCAUCCAGCAGCUGCUGCCGCUGCAGCAGCAGUGGCCAUGCAGCAAUCCAAUGCUGCUUACCAGCAGUUCUACAAUACCUCCUAUCCAAUGUACAUGCAACAGUAUGCUCAACAAAACCGAGCACAGAUGGGGGCAAUCGCUUCUCCCAUGCACACUUAUCCCGACAAUAAUUUGCUAGUGCAAGCAUCCCCGUCUUACUAUCAACAGCAACAGACCCUCCCACAGGUUCCACUGCCCAUCCCACCACAGGUUCCAGUGGCCACUCCUAAAGGUACAUCCCUCAUCGAACAAGCUCUUCAGACACCCACUCUUCUCAACACCUGGAAUUCUACCUACAAUUCUACUAUUCCAACAGUUUCGAUGGCUGCUCCAAUUCCAUCAGGGCCUGUUACAUUAGAGAAAGCGGCUCCAGUCAAUGUAGUUAUCACCAGCUCUGAUCCUCUACCUACAAACAUCUCUGUGGGAACUACUCAGCCCACUUAUAGUGUAACGAUUCCCCCGCAGCACAUCAAACAUAGCGUAGUUAGCAAUACCCCAACAGUAGCAGCUAUUGUACCGCCGUCUGCACCAUCCAUUGCCGCCCCGGGUAUAGAAAACAUCUCUCCGGUUGAACAGCAGCCAAUUAACACCAAAUUCCCAAUUCCAGCUCCGAAGGCAACUAUGCCGACUAUUACUCCUGGAAUGUUCAGUCAAAGUAUUCUUGCAUCGGCGUCAACCACCACAGCGGAAGCUGAGGAAAUCGACGAAGAUGACGAUGACGCCGCCAAUGUAUCCGGAGAAUAUGAUCCUCGGCCGGACUUCAAGCCCAUCAUCGCUCUUCCGGACGAAAUUGAAGUAAAGACUGGCGAAGAAGACGAAGAACAAGUAUUCUGCGGUCGAUCAAAACUGCUGCGUAUGGUCGACAGAGAAUGGAAGGAACGUGGUCUUGGCGAUCUAAAGAUUCUCAAGAGCAAAACCGAUCCAACCAAGUAUAGGAUUGUUAUGCGACGAGAUCAAGUGCACAAGAUCGCUGCCAAUCAUACUAUUUCGCCGGAGCUGAUUAUCAAACCGAUGGAGAAGAACAAUAAGUGCUACACCUGGGCUGCGAUGGAUUUCGCUGAUGAGGAACCAAAGAAAGAGACGUUCUGUGCUCGAUUUGCCACUGCGGAAUUAGCCAAGGAAUUUUUCGACAAGUUUAACGAGGCUAAGAACGAAAUUGUCAAGCUGAAGAAACAGAAGGAAACAACAAACGCACCAAAUUUUGCUUUCAGUACCCCCAAAACAGAUACGACCUCAACUCCUGUUUCCAAGCCAUUGUUCUCAGCAGUAACAACCGCUAAACCGAUCUUCGGAUCAACAGUGACUUCCACCACACCGGCGACAACAACAUCAAGUACCACGACACCGUUCCAAGGCUUCACAUUUGCCAACAGUUUUGCACCAAAACCCCCGGCACCGACUCCAACCGCUGAAGAAAAACCAAAAGAACCAGCCAAGCCUAGUCCAUUUGCUUCGUUUAGCUUUGGAGCAAAUGCGACCACGCCAGCAACAACCACGGCCGCUUCAUCUAGUACCACCGGUCAGAAGUCGUUUACCGACAUCUUCAGUAGCCUGAAUAAGCUGGCCACUCCUACGGUCACUUCCACGCCCGUGACGGCUGCCACCGUUACCCCCGUUGCCAAAACUCCGGAGAACCAACCUUCGAAUACCUCCAUCAGUGAGGACGUUGUGGAAGAAUUUGUUCCCACCGCAGAUUUCAAACCAGUUAUCCCUCUACCUGAACUGGUUGAGGUCAGAACCGGCGAGGAAGGCUUCGAUUGCGUGUUUGAGCAUCGGGCAAAAAUCUUCCGCAUGGACAAAGCCGCCAAAGAGUGGAAGGAACGUGGCAUUGGAAACAUCCGGGUGCUGGUCAAAAAGGACGAUAACAAUAUUGCACGGUUGCUGAUGCGACGGGAACAGGUGUUGAAGCUGUGCUGCAAUCAAUUGAUCACCAAGGAUCUGAAGUUCACUCCGAACGACAAAAAUAAUUCUCUGACAUGGAUUGGGCACGACUAUUCCGAAAAUGAGCUGGUUGUGGAAACCUUUGCCAUUCGGUUCAAGACGGCUGACAUUCGAAAUGAUUUCCACAAUAUCAUAAAGAAGGUUCAAGCUGCCAUGGGGGACAACAAACCACAGAAACCAGUUAAAGACAAAAAGGAAAACAAGAAACCGGAACAAAAGGGCUUCGGGGACAUGUUCAAACCUAAGGUCGGGUCGUGGACAUGCGAGUCGUGCUAUGUUACUAACAAAGCUGAUGAUCAGUACUGCAUGGCUUGCAACAGCCCGAAGGAUUCCACAGUUCCGAAGAAAGAAACCAACCUCCUGGAUAGUUUAUCGAAAACGACCAGCAAGUUCACUUUCGGUGUACAACCGGCGUCAGAUGCACCAAAAUUCAGUUUCGGAGUGCCAACACCUGCAGCUACUGUCCCCACCCCUGCCAAAGCACCGGAAACAGCGAAAAAAGACCAGCCAGUCGCUACAGGAUUUGGUGAUCAAUUCAAACCAAAAGCUGGUUCUUGGUCUUGUUCCGGAUGUUACAUUAACAACAAAUCCGACGAUCUGUACUGCUUAGCUUGUGACACCCCCAAAGAUUCCACAGUACCUAAAAAGGAAAACAAAGGUGCUCUUGGUGCAGGAGGAGGAGACGCUCCAAAGUUCACAUUCGCUUCAGGAGGUGGUUUCUCGUUUGGCACGCUUACUGCACCGUCCACGACCACCUCAUCGGUCAGCAGCACUAGCAAUGUCGAAACAACAACUACCGGAGGAGGUUUCAGUUUCGGAACAACCCCGGGAUCGGGAUUCUCGUUCGGAACACCGCUUUCCAAGCCUACCGCAACAUCCACUACAGUCUCGGCGGAUGCUGCUGCUGCUACGACGGUAACAUCCACUACGACCAGUUUCAAAUUUGAACUACCGAAACCUACAAUGUCCUUCGGGCCUUCACCGACCAAGCCAACUGCAGCCGAUACGACCAGCACACCACCCAGGCUGGCGGGUCCGGAAAAGCCUACCUUCGAGUUUGUUUUUAAGCCCAAGUCGCCCGGAAAGCCGAAGAGUCCCGGUCGCACCCUAAGCACGAGUUCCGCCAAUGAGGACGGCGAAGUGGAAGGCGGCGAAGGCGAAGAAUGUGCCGCUGAAGAGGAAAACAACACCUACUUCACACCAGUGAUUCCACUGCCGGACAAGGUUGAUGUUAAAACUGGCGAAGAAGACGAGGAUGUACUGUAUUCGCACAGGGCGAAACUGUAUCGCUAUGUAGACAAAGAGUGGAAGGAACGAGGCAUUGGUGAUGUUAAAAUCUUGAGACAUAAAACCAAUGGCAAACUGAGAGUGGUCAUGCGUCGAGAUCAGGUGCUGAAGAUUUGUUUAAACCAUGCGCUGGAUGCCGAUAUUCAGUAUCAGAAGAAGGAUGACAAGUCGUGGCUAUUCGUGGCAAACGAUUUCUCAGAAGGUGUAUUCGAGGUGAUGAAUUUCUCGUUACGCUUCAAGAAUGCCGAAAUUGCCAACGACUUCAAGAGUGCAAUCGACCGGGCCCUUUCAGGUGAGGCAACUACGAUUCCAUCGCCAGUGGCCAAGACGGACAGUGCACUCAACACAACGCUGGACUCCACCAUUUCGACCCCGAUCAGCAAUCUGAACUUCUCCCAGCUGAGCGAUAUUUCGCUAAACGAUAAGGAACUUCUUGACAAGUACAAACUGCCGGCCAAUUUCUUCGACAGUCCCAAGCAACCGUGCCCAGGUUGUCGAGGUUGUGAUCCGGACAGCUUUGUCUUUCCAAUCUACGACUUCACUGUGAAUAAGGACCUCUUGGACGAGAAACCGCUGCCAAUGAAUGUGACCGAUGUAAAGCAGCUGCCCAUCACCAGGAAAAUUACGCGAUCGCCGAAAAAAGUCAGCUUUUCCGAAACAAACGAUGAUCAGAAGGUGAACAACCUUUUUGGGUCGUUAUCAACGGCGGGAACGGGAAAAACGGAAAGCAAAGCAUCGCCAUUUUCUAUCAGUAAUUUUGUGACGGCUGAGAAACAGUCGUCCGGUGGCACGCUUUUCGGAGGAGUAACGAAACCAGCGACGGAACAGUCCACCCCUAAGUCUAUCUUCGGAGGUUUUGCAUCCGCAGUCAGCUCAGGAACGCCCACCACUGGAUCGAUUUUCUCCUCUUCUCUCAAUACAACCCCUAAAACCGCACUUUUACCUUCGCAAACGGACAAGUCUAAGUCUCCACUACUACAACCCUCGGUAUUCGGUAGUGCAGCCCCCGGAGCCAAUUUGAAUAAAUCAGCUGAAGGCGUUCAGCUCUUCGGUUCCAGUUUCGGACAAAACACAUCCAGCACAAACAUCUUUGGGGGAACGCCAACAUCGACGACGAAAUCAGAACCUGCUAGCACUACCACCCCCGCCAGUAGUACAACCGCGCCUGUAUUUGGUUCAACCGGAAGUGCUGGUAGCAUAUUCGGUGGAUUUGGUAGUAGCAACUCGACGCCGACCUUUGGAUCACUUUCCACAAGCACAAGCGUUACCGGUGGGUUCAGCUUUGCUGAUGCCGCAAAAGGAUUUGACAAAAAAUCCACCACCGCUGAGCCCGAUCUGCUGAAAAAGAUGGAAUCGGGUGUGAGUUUUGCUGCAUUGGCCUCCGGAACAGCUGGAAGUUUUCUGACCAAACAGAGUGCACCCAACAGCGGAUUCGUUGGGUUGACGGUGAAGGAAGAUAUCUUCACCAGAAUGGCCAACAAGAGCAAGAAUGACAGUACCGGAGAGAAUGACGACAAAGACGAAGCAGCCGGUGGAGACGAUAAUUACGAUCCACAUUAUGAGCCUGCUAUCCAGUUACCGGACGAAAUUGAGGUGCGGACGGGCGAGGAGGAUGAGACGAAGCUGUUUGGCGAGCGAGCCAAGUUGUACCGAUACGAUGCUGACACAAAGGAGUGGAAAGAACGAGGUGUUGGUGAAUUGAAAGUGCUGUACCAUCCCGGCCGGAACAGCUAUCGGUUGUUGAUGAGGCGAGAACAAAUUUUCAAACUUGUUCUGAAUCACGCCAUCACCAGCGACCUGCUAGUGACACCGAUGAGCAACUCAAGCAAGGCAUACGUCUGGGCUACCAUGAAUCAUGCCGAAGAGGGACCCCAGCUGGAGCAGCUGGCUGUCCGAUUUAAGGACGAGGACCUAGCCGGCACCUUCAAAUCCGUGCUGGACCAGUGUCAAGAGAAGCUCCGACAGAAGCCGGACCUCGAACCGGACCAGGACUAAUACAACGCCUCUGCUGGACGUGAGUAACCUUCAAAAGAAAGAUAGUGAUUAUAUGUAUGUGUAUAAUUAUUAUAUAAUUGGCGAUUAUCUGGCAAUUAGUUAAAGCGUGUUCGCCACAUUUUAUGUAUAUGUUUAAGUUCUUUCGCCGAAACCCUUCCAAAUUUGUUUUUCGUUGACUUUUGGCAAGGAUGUUCUGUUGCAUGUCAGAUCGAAUCAUGAAACCGUUUCACCGCAGAAGACACACAUCCCAAACCAACGAGAAAUGGAAGCCUUUCCUAGAAUCACGUCGCAAAUAAUUAGAAUUAGGCUCUACCGUACAACAUAUAUUCUAAAUAUAAGAGGAAAAAUAAUUUGAAGUGACUACCAUGCUUGGGAGCUUCAAUUUGUUAAACCCCCGCCUAUCGAAAUCCCGCGAAGAUGCAAAGAAAAGACUGACGUAUAGCGCAAAUACAUAACCCCAGACCCAAUAAUGAUUACAAAAUGGUCUGUGCAAGCAUGGCUUGACGGUUCACUUCAGGUUAGUUUUUUGACCGAGUAAUGCUACUUUUUCGUUGGCAAUCUUAAUUUUUACCAAGCGACAACUACUACUCGCAACUUACGGUUAUCAUGAAAAAUAGCGUAGCUUUUAAGCAAAUUUCGUGUUAUCCGAACGGGUUGUACAAUUGGACACGUAACACUAUUCAUUGCGUUUUAUCCCCGAAAAAGCAAUACCUACCUUUGUUUUCGUACUGGUUCCGGUGCAGUUGUUUAUUACUGAUUUGAACCAUUUCAGUUGUAAGUUGUGUUGUAGAUUUUAUUAGGUAUCUAAACAGCGGAAAAUAAUAUCCGACAGCAAGUUCUAAUGAUGAAGUUAAUUAAAACCCAAUUCAAUGUAAGCUGAA